AUGGGAGGCAGAGAAUCAACAGCAUCAAAGCUGGAAUCGACAGUAUCAAAUCUGGCAUCAGCAGUAUCAAAACUGGAAUCAGGAGCAUCAAAACCAGAAUCAACAGCAUCAAAACCGGAUCCACUGUCAAGCCCAGAAUUGAAAAAACCAUGGAGGAAAUUUGAUUGGGGGCAGAGGGAAGAGCUGAAGAAACGUCUAGAAGAGUUCUCUGUGAGUCAUCCAGAUGUACAGAGCAUCAAGAUCAUGUUAGCUGGACAAACCGGAGCAGGGAAGUCUAGUUUUAUAAAUUCUGUCAAAAACGCCUUCCGAGGACGAAUCACAAGCGAAGCACUAGUUGAUCAAAGUAGUGGCAAAAGUUUUACAAAAAGUCUGAAAUCACACAAAGUCAAAGGUGCAGGUGGUGAUUUGCCUUUUGUCUUGACUGAUGUAAUGGGUUUAGAACCUGAUGUAUUGGAGGGGUCUCAGCCAGAAGAUAUCAUCAAUGCCAUAUAUGGACAUGUGAAGGAUGAGUACAAAUUCAAAGAAGGGAAGCCACUCAGUCACAAGAGUGAAGAUUACGUCAGUGACCCUUCACUGUCUGAUCAGACUUUUUGCCUGGUUUACAUUGUGGACGCAAAUACAAUCCAAUAUGCAAGUGAUCGACUUAUUGACAAAUUGAGGAUCAUCCGCAAGAUAAUCAGUGAAGAUGACCUAAAGAAGUUAUAUACCAGCAAGAAGAUCAAAGAGAAGAUGCAUUUGUGCAGCAAGAUAAUUGGGGUGCCAAUGAACUGCAUCUUCCCAGUGAAGAACUACCAUGAUGAGAUUGAUGUAGAUGAUGAUGUUGAUGUUCUGAUUCUAAAAGCAUUUGACCAAAUUGUAAACGUUGCUAAUGAUAGACUGAGAGAAGCUGCUUCCAACUAA